UAACAAUGUAUAAUUCCAGAUCUUUAUGUAUAAUUUAACAACUAUCCUUAUUAGAAUAAUAAAUAUCACCAAGUAGCGGAAGAAUUUAAAAGAUAUCAGAAAAAUUAUCAACCAUACAAAUAGGAGUAGAGAAUGAGAGAUUCUAAAAACUUGAAUAAGCUGAAUAAAGAAUCUAAUAAGCUGAAGAUGCAUUUAAUGAAUUUUAAGAAUAAAUCUUUACUAAACUUAAUGGACUUAGAGAUCAAGUAUUAUUUUAUAUUAUGUAUAAGUUAGGAAAAUUAUAAAAAUAAGUUGAAGAAGAUAAAUUAGCUAAAGAAUAAGCUAAUGAAACUAAAAAUAGAGAAGUAUCAGCUUUAGAGAAGAAAUUUGAAAAUGCAAUUGAAAAUGAAACUUAAGCUAGAAAAGAAGGAGAAUCUAAAGUGUUACGUCUUUUAGAAGAUAAAACAGCAUUAUUAAGAACAGAAGUUUAGAAAGAAACAGCAAGUAGAGUUGAUGCAAUUGAAGGAAUUCAUUAAGGAUUGUAAAAUGAUUUACCAAAAAUUUAAGAAGCUAUAAGAAAUGAAGCUAAUGAAAGAGAUGAGUCUGAUUAAAAUGUAUAAAUUUGACCAUAUAUUCUUAGGUCAUGAAAUCAAUUACUGAUGAACUUGUCAAAUUAAGUAAUUUAAUUAAUGUAGAAAAAAGAAAUAGAGAUGAAAGUGAAUAAUCAAUAUUUGAAAUGUUAAAAGAUAUUGUUAAUAGAGUCAAAGUAGAGUUGGACCAAGAAAAGAAAACAAGGUAAGUUUUUCUUUUAAAUUUUAAUUAGGGAAUAAUCAGAAGAACAUCUCUUAAGUCUAUUAGAAGAUACAUGUAAUAAAUUAAGUAUUGCAGCAAAUCUAUGAUCAAUAUAAAUAUAUUAAAUAUUUAAAAUUUAUUCAACCAUGUCUAAAGAAGUUGUAAUAAUAUUCUUUAUACACAAAGAGAUCUAUUUCAGCACAUGAACCUAUCAUUAAGUAUUCCAAACUAUUAACACAAAGAAAGUAAUUCAAUUUUCUUAUCUAGUUAUUUGAAUCCUUCCAAAUUUUGUCCGGAAAAUGAUUAUCAUGACAAAGAAACUCUCUAUUUUUAAAUCAAAGCUCUCAAAGAAGAAAUUAAUUCAAUCAGAGCUGAAAAUAUUAAGUUAAAAACUAGAAUUUUAUAAUAAGAAGUAUUCUCUAAAUUUUAUUUAUUAGAAAGAACUAUAGAAUUUUAAUAAAUAUAUUGAAGAAUUGUAAAUCAGAUAAAAUCCAUUAUCCAAAAACUAAGAAUACAUUAUUUAAUAGAUCAAAAAAUAAAAUAAAGAUUUAUAAUAGCAGUUAUAAGAGAAAUUAAGUAUGAUCGAAUAAAUGAAAAAAAACAUUAAGGUUACUAAAAUGCAAGAAACAAAAAUUGAAAAUUAAUUAUAUAAAGAAGAAAUAACUAAAUUGAAAAAACUGUUACUAGAUUAAGAAAACAGCACUAAAGAGUAUUUAUUCAUUAUUUAUUUCAAGUUAUUUAAAUCAAUAAUCAAUAAUUAAGGAUAAUUUCUAAAAAACUUAGUAAGGUUUUAUAAAAUAACAAAUAGAAAUUAAUGAUUUGAAAUAAUAAUAAUAAAAUGAUAAUUAGAAAAUCAUUCAAUUAUAAGUAUUAUUUUAAGUUUAAGUAGAAUGAAGUUACAAAAUUAAGUCAGAUUAAAAUAAAUUUAGAAGAUAAAAUUAAAAGAAUAACUACAGAAUAAAAUAAAAAAAGUUCAACAAAUUCUUUUAGGAGUAAUAAACUUUAAGCAACAACUGAAAUAUCUUGCACUCAACUUAAAUAAAAAACUUAAGAAGAACUUUAAUUUAAAUUAAUCAUAAGAGGUAUCACAUACGAAUAGUUUGCAUAAAUGAUAUAAGAAUUAAAAUAACAAGCAAUUAAUUUAAAAAAAUAAAUUGAAAAAGAAGAUAUAGAAUAUAUAUUAAGUUAAGAACCUUUUAGUCUAACUUAGGAUAGGAUUUAAGAAGUAGUUAAAUCAUUAUUAGUAUCAGGAAAUAAAUUAGCAGAUUCUCUAUUAAAUUAAGUAGGAAAGUAUAAAACAUUUUUUGAUUAUCCUGAAUUCAAAAUUGAAGAAGCAGAGAAAAUAAUAAAAUAAACUUUAAAAUAACCCGACUUAGCUUUUUAUUUAUAAACAAAGCAUAACUAAAUUUGGAAUAAAGAAGAUGUUUUUUAGAUGAUAAAAUAACUAAAAAUUACAUGGAGUGAACCUGUUUUAUUAUUUUACAUCCUUAAUGUAUUUAAUAUAAUUAAUUAUAUAGUUAUUUGAAAAAUCUGGUUAAAUGCUUGAUUUUAAAAGUGAUUUUAUAAUUGAUCCAUUUCCAUAAUUAGUAGAAAAGGAAUCCUCAAGAAUAAUAGAAGAAAGUGAUGAAGAUUUAUUUGAUUAACACUCAGAUAAAUCUUAAAAUGUUUAAAUUUAAGAUACUGAUUAAUAUAUAACAUGA